AUGGCCUUCUCUGCUGCCUUCUGCCUUGCCACUUCCAUUGCCUCUCAUUUAGUUGCCUGCUCCCUUUCCAGGAGUCUCGACCCUCGCCUCUCGACCCCAACCUCCGACUCCAACCUCCUUCAAGGUGUCGACUCUGAGAUCAAGUGCGCAUUGGAAUCUGACGAUUAUGACAGGGUGGAGGAGAUACCAAGUGGCUUUCCUUUUGAGAUCCAAGAUGAGAAGGGAAUAAACACUAUUACUCUGAAGAGAAACUAUCAUGGAGAGAGAGUAUCGAGUGAUCUGGAUGAGAAUAUGCAUAAAUCCUUUCACAAGUAUCUAGAGAUAAGAGGAAUUUCCCCUUUGACAAUCAAUUUCCUGCAUGAGUACAUGAUAAAUAAAGACAGUCGUGAGUAUUUGUUGUGGUUUAAGAAUUUGAAGCAGUUUGUCCAAAAGUAG